AUGGUUUGGAUUUGGUGCGGCCUGUUCCAGCUAAAGGGGUCAACCUUCGAAUCCAGUGAUAACAAAGUUCCAUUGGAGAUUAAGAAACCGAGCCAACAGCAGAGUAAUGCAGGGAAUGUCAAUAAAAGUAGUGUACCUAAUACUAUUCUGAGAAAGCCACCGCAGAGAUGGACAAGUGAAGGAGAAGAUAUGUCACUUUUGGGGAAACCUGAACCACCACUUGCCAAGGAUGAAGAUACAAACCAAGAAUCUUUUACUCGUGCGGACAACGAAAAUGAUUUGAAGAUGAGUGCAGAAGAUUCAAGUGGUGAAGCUGGUGCUAAUAUUCAUUUGAAUAUAGAGUCAAGUAAAGAAUUGGAGCAGCAUUAUGAGUUCCAACAGGAGCUGUCUGAUUCAAGUCAACUAUCAAAUUUAAGUUCAGUUGAUAAAGUGGAAUUGUCUGUGCAAGCUACACAACAGGGAAAGCCGCAAAGAGAAUGCUUUUAUGAAUACCGGAGGUUAAAAAACAAUGAUGAACUAGGGAAUCCUUUUGAUGUUUCAAAUUUUCAGGAGGGUGAAGAUGCUAAUUGGACCACGGCAGAAGAUUUGAUUAGGAAUGGAGAUAGGGUAGAUGUGGAAAUAUUAAGCUGUAGUAGCAAAGGCUUCAUUGCAUCUUUUGGUUCUUUGGUAGGAUUCCUGCCGUACCAUAAUCUUGUUUCCAAGUGGAAGUUCUUAGCUUUUGAGUCAUGGUUAAGAAAGAAGGGAUUGGAUCCAUCCAUGUACAAGCAGAGCUUAGACACUAUUACAAGCUAUGAUGCUGAAAAUAAAAAUGUUUCUCCCAAUUCUCCUCUGUAUCAGGAGAAUGAUACUAAUGUUGAAGAGAAACUUUCUCCAGAUAUGAAAAUGGAAGAUCUGUUAAGGAUUUAUGACUAAGAGAAAAUUAAG